AAUACAAUAUCGACCUGGAAGAAGUGGGGACCUGGAGACAGCGGGCCUGGCGGUCGCAUCAGUGGAUCAGUUUGUGGGCUGGAUCCUAAAUUUUGCGAUGCCCCGGCAAGCAUCGCACCAUAUGAGUGGCCAGACGACAUCACCAAAUGGCCAAUUUGUCGGAAAACCAAUCCCUUUAACCAACGUUUCAGUAAAAACGGGGGUCAACGGGGCAACGCCAAUUUUCCGAUCGGUCGUUACAAGGAUAAGAUGGCGGAGCACAUGGUAUGCGAGGUAAUCGGUCACCCUUGUUGUAUCGGGAUUCACGGAAUGUGUCGGAUCACCACGAAAGAGUAUUGCGAUUUUGUCCACGGUUACUUUCACGAGGAAGCGUCCCUGUGCUCCCAGGUGGAGUGUUUGCACGAUGUCUGCGGAAUGAUACCGUUCUUGCAUCCAGAAUGGCCAGACCAGUUCUACAGACUCUUUACCACCAUUUUUCUUCAUGCCGGAAUCAUCCAUUUGAUAAUUACGUUGCUGAUCCAAUACUUCUUGAUGAGAGAUUUGGAAAAACUGACAGGCUCGUUGCGCAUCGCUUUGAUCUAUUUUAUUGGUGCUCUUGCUGGGAAUUUAGCCAGCGCAAUAUUUGUCCCUUACAGGGCAGAAGUUGGUCCAGCCGGCGCACAUUUCGCUCUACUUGCCACGCUGGUGGUCGAAGUGCUACAUUGCUGGCCAAUGCUGAAGCACCCUCGUCGCGCAUUAUCUAAGCUGAUCCUGAUUCUGUUGGGAUUAUUGACGCUGGGUAUCCUACCAUGGAUAGAUAAUUACGCGCAUCUAUUUGGCUUUAUCUUCGGCUUUUUGGCGGCCUACGCACUGAUGCCCUUUAUCUCAUUUGGCCAUUACGACCGUAGACGGAAGAUCUUACUGAUUUGGAUCUGCAUGAUUCUGAUUAUGGGCCUGUUUGCCUUGUUACUCGCCCUCUUUUACAACGUACCAGUGUAUGAGUGUGAAGUGUGCAAACUGUUCAAUUGCGUGCCAUUCACCCGUGACUUUUGCGCCUCCCAGAACAUCAAUUUCAAGCGAGAGGAGCCAGUAUGACAUACGGAGCCGCGGUUCACAGUCAAGCGUGAAAUUAUUCCGCUCGUCUCUCGACUUUACGCUCCUCAUCGUCGCAUGCAUCAUUACAAUAUUAUGCCAUUACCAUUCGCCACGCUCGUUCUGACGACGCUCUUCGUAGACUCCCAAAGACGCGACUGAAACCAUAAGAUUGAUCGGAGUUGAACGAAAAAAGACUUUUUUGUUAACACAGUUUAAAAUCUUCAAAAUCAUCUCUCGAGUUUCGACGAUCAUCAGAU